GUUCACGCUUCUACAUGGGGCCUGGAGUACAUUUCUCUAGUACAAUGCAUUGUACUUAGCCACCCUUCCAAAGACCGCGGGCAGUUACAGCCAAAUCGUUUUGUAUUCAACUUUUUUUUUUUGCAUUUAUUCAUAUUCACUUUAGAAGCUUAACUAUCUUCGAAGGCGGCAGCGUGUGUGUAGCGAGUGUGCGCGCGCGUGAAAAGACGUAUUGUUUAGCAGUGUCUUUGAUUACUAUCAUCCAUCGUCUGGUAGUCCAAGUGUGUAGUAUGUGUACUUAGUUAGCGCUUACUAGCAAGAGACCCCUUAUGUCCCUCUGUGUCAUAGGUCCAAAACUGUUGGCCGCGGCGCGAGCCUAAGCGCGAAUAGCACUAAACGGCGCUUGGGAAAUUAUUUAUUGUUUAACCGUCGAACGGAACGGAACGCGAAAAAGAACGUUGGAAAAAUUACUUAUCGGGAAGUGUUGCUCGUUGACUGGAAAUUGUGCCUCCAUCCGUGAUAAGGAAUGCCAGAAUGAAAGUGAAAUUGGGGUCUUUUCUGGAGGUAGAAUGUGUGAAACAAUGACCACUGGUGAACCGAUUGAUCGUUUCGAAGAGUUUGGAUGAUUUUGAGGAGUCAAUUUUGAGUGGUGUGAGGAGAGUACCAUUGUAGUGAAUUUGAUAGAUUUCCAUUGAUUGACACAUUUGUCGAUCGAAUCAACUUAUCGUGAUUGCGGAUACAAAAAACGCGGAAGCAUGGUUAGACCGGCAUCAAGAAUAUUCAUUAAGUUCAUCGAAUUAUUGGCAUGUGUUGCAUGUAUAAUUACGAAAAUCAUCACUGACCAUGAGUCACGGCGAGUAUUCGUGCGGAAUCAGAAAUUAUCUAGAGAAUGGAGUCUGAUACACAACGUCACCUGGAGCAGUGGCGGCAAUGCAUUUACCAAUAUCGUCUACGGCGGCUACACAAUUGUCAUAGCGUUGAUGCUAAUCACAAGAUGUGUGGAUGCCAAAUCGAGACCGACGCUUUUCGAAAAGAUCGUGCUAACGCUAGGAACGUUGCUAUUCUUCGCUGCAGGUGGCCUGGUUUUUGCCUCAAUAGACCAAGUACAUCCGGACCUCCAUGACAACGCCAUCAUACUGGGCUGUUUAUCGUUCCUGGUAGCGAUACUGUUCGUCAUAGACUUGGCCGACCCGUUGGCUCGCAUGACCGCCCAUACGACUCAAACCGAUAGCUCCUCAAUGACGAACGUUUCGAGAGCAUCGGAAACGGAAAAGGGUAUUACUUUGAAGAAGGAUGUAUCGACCGAUACGGAAGCGCCAGUGUAUCUUAUUUCAGGCAAGGAACGGUACAAAGAUAUGAACGAACCGGAUAGUCAUCGAUUUGUGGAUUCAAAUGGACGAGAUUAUGCGGAUCGAGAUGAACCGGACCGAAGAAGCUAUCGUAAAUCUGAAUCAAGGCGGCAAAGCUAUCUGGAAAGUAUUGGCGAAGGUCUGGAUUACAGCCGGGAGUCUAUCGUUGAACGCAAAGUGCUUCCUUCUGUGCAGACGCCGGUUUUUGCUCACGUGCGACCAGCACCUGAAGAAAGUCGUCGUAUAGCUGGGAAGGAAAUCCAAUACCUACCUCGGUACGAUUACAGAGAUCGACGGGACUACCGCGAUGCCGGGCCACAAUCAGGUCGCCAAUCUGUGCACCAACAGUCACCGAAAGCACCUUCUUAUCACGACAACGAGUCGUUCGUGGAAGAAAUCUCACCAUCUCGUCGUAGCACCUACGUUCCGGCAGACAAGUUUGACAACGAAGCAGUACAGAUGAAUCCUCGUCCAAGGCCACCACCACCGGCAAAGCCUACCACUUCACCUACGACGGCGCAUGGAUCUGGUUCGGGAUCUGGAUCCAGCUGCAGUAACUGCAACUGCUCACAGAGAAGCCUACCGGGAAGGAGAAGAGAACAAGGACGGGAUGAGCCGGACAUACCGAUCAAACCGGGCUACGUGGCUAACGCCGCCAAGAAGUGGGACGAUCGACUUCGGAGUAAAAGUCAGCCCAUUAUAGGAUUGAAUACUAUGGUUUAACAAAAGCGAAGAUUUUCCAAACAGUAGCGAGUAGAUUAGUAAUAAAGCCAUUUUCCUAGAA